AGAGCGAGGGAGCGAGAGAGAAUAUGCGGUCGUCACUCUCACAUCCCCACGGAAAUACAGGCUUCAAAUUCCAAUCAAACCCCAUUUCUAACCAGUCACCACUAACAGCUAUAUCAUUCCCAUUCUCUCACUACACCAAGACAUCUCCUUCCCCAUCUGCUUCUAUUCAACUCACUCUAAGAUCUCAAUAUGACUUACGAGCACAAUUUCCUAGCAAACCCACAUGGCUUCUACCCUCAGUUUCCUUUCCACCCACUUUAGCAACCAAGACUGGAAGAUCACUGGCUCCACUUCAGUGUGGCAUUUUGUCGAACAGCUGUAGCACCGACGAUGGCAAGAGGAGUUUCAGGGAUUGGGUUGAGGUGGUUGGUGAGGCCGUAUCAACUGCAUUUCCCAUAUGGGUUGCUUUGGGAUGCCUGUUGGGGCUCAUCAAGCCGAGUUCCUUCAAUUGGGUCACACCCAACUUGACCAUCUUAGGCAUAACACUGACCAUGCUUGGCAUGGGCAUGACCCUCACUUUCAACGACCUUCGUGGUGCGUUGGCUAUGCCCAAGGAAUUACUUGCUGGCUUUGUUCUUCAGUACUCGGUGAUGCCUUUAUCAGGAUAUGCUGUGAGCAAGCUUUUGAAUUUGCCGUCCUAUUAUGCAGCUGGUUUGAUAUUGGUUGGUUGCUGCCCUGGUGGAACAGCAAGUAACAUAGUAACUUAUAUUGCACGUGGAAAUGUGGCACUUUCAGUUUUAAUGACAGCAGCGAGCACUUUAUCAGCCGUGAUCAUGACCCCCUUUCUCACUGCCAAACUUGCUGGUCAAUAUGUUGCAGUAGAUGCAGCUGGGCUAUUAUUCUCAACAUUGCAGGUUGUGCUUCUCCCUGUAUUGGCGGGUGCAUUUCUGAAUCAAUAUUUCCAAGGCCUGGUUAAAUUUGUGUCCCCCUUGAUGCCACCCAUUGCUGUGGGAACUGUAGCUGUUCUUUGUGGGAAUGCAAUUGCCCAGAGUUCUUCUGCAAUCCUUAUGUCUGGUAAACAAGUGGUGCUAGCUGCCGCUCUUCUUCAUGCAUCUGGAUUUUUCUUUGGUUACAUUCUUUCAAGGAUACUUGGGAUUGAUGUGUCAUCAUCAAGGACUAUCUCCAUCGAGGUUGGCAUGCAGAAUUCGGUGCUUGGAGUUGUUCUAGCCAGCCAGCACUUCGGAAAUCCUCUAACUGCGGUACCAUGCGCUGUUUCCAGCGUUUGUCAUUCAAUCCUUGGUAGUGCCUUGGCAGGAAUUUGGAGACAGAGUGUGCCAACGCAAAAGCAAGAUUGAAAUGUCACGUAGAAGCUUUAGACAAGCAUUAUAAAACUUUAAAACAAUCCUUUUGUAAUCAUAUGAGCUGCUAGUUGUGGGAAUUUCAUUGCACAUUAGCUAGCCAUGGAGCACUUGGAUUUGCAAUUUUGGUGCUUAUCUUGUCUGUGAACAAUUUGAACUUAAACAUUUAACUUCCGUUUCAAUGUGCUUC